AUGGGCGAGAUCCUGUGCACAUCUGUCGACGACUGUAGGCGGAAGCUUGAAGGAAGCCUCUCAAAGCUGGGGGACUUUGUGGGGAGCUGGGCCAGCGAGAACUUGCAAAAGUUGAGUGACCAGGGCUUGAAAGGCGUGAAGGCUUUGGAGGCCCAAGGGAAUGCAGGUUUCCAGGCCAUGGAGUCGAUUCAGACGCAGGUCGAUGGCACGGUGGGCUCAAUCAAAGACUUUUUUUCAGGCGCGGCACAGGAGGCGACUAACAUUGUUCAGAGAUAUGGCUUUAUCAACAGCCUAUGCGCACCAGAUGGCAUCAACUCUCGAUUUCCGAUUGCGGUCUGGACGAUUUCUGACAACUUCGACGCGGUCGUAGACAAGCUGAAGCAAUGUGCUUCGAAGAAGUAUCAGAACAAGCUGCCCACGCCUUUCAUGGAUGUGUCCGUCCCAGGCUUCUGCCUGCCAGAGGUGGCACGAGCACCGUUGAAAGGCAUCGUGGCAGCUGUCCGCUAUGCGAUUGCGGAAGGCGGUCCUGCUGCCUCCACCGGCUUCAUGAAUGCCUUCAAGA